GGUAGUGUCGCUGAUCUGCCUCAGACUCAUCUUGUUCAAUUUGGCGCCAGUGACGAAAUUUCUAAAGGGCAGACAAUUUUACCUUCCAAUUCUGGAGACCCUCAAUCACAUGCUAUUUCCACCAUAAACGAAGCUAAUACAAGUGAUCCGGCUUCAAAUGGUGGUAUUUCCGCACCUAUUACAAAUACAGCUACUCAACCUGCCAAAAAAAGUUUCAGAGAUCGUCACUCUGUUCCCAUUGGGGAGACCCAACAAUCAAUCGGUUUCAACGAACUUGGACCUUCCGCUAGGGCGAGGCGUUCUCAUUUGCGCCCUCAAAAUUACUAUGCGGGUGACCAAGAUUCCCGCUCAUUGCAGACUGUUGUGGCACCCGUUGUUCCUCAACCGCUUUUACAAGCACGCCUUGCAUAUUUCUUUCCUGGCCAUAUUAUGGCUCCAGCAAUUACUCCUGCUGCCCAAGCUGCAACUCCGGUAAUCCCUCCUAAUCUUGCAGACAAUACUAUUGCUGCUCCCACCUUGCCAGUUCCUGCUAGUAAUAUUGUCCCACCUGUUGUAUACGCUGCCGCACUUAACGCACAAGGGGUCCAUACAGCUCCUGUUCCCGGAGUUGGUUUGUCAGAUGCAAACAGUUUUUCUCUCGUGGGUGGAGCUCCCACAUCUGCUGGUAAUAGUUUGCCUUCCGGCGCUCCAUUAUCUUUAUAUUCUUCAGAGAUGACUCCAAGUUCGCUUGCUGGCAACAUUUCUUACUCCACUGGGCUUACCUCCGCAAACACUGGCUUGACCUCACCGGGAGUCGCCUCCAGUGGAACUCGUUCUCCUUUAUAUGAACCUGUUGAUAUAAACCAGCUAGUUGCUUUUGUUGAAUCAAACGGAGGGUGGAUGAAAGUUCAUUUGCCUCCUGACCUCCAGGAUAACUCUAUCAUUUUGGAAUCAAUAAAGAGGGAGAAUGCCAAGCUAUUGUCAUCCGAAGCUGUGCAUUCCACUAAUGAAGGAGCUAACGUUCGGAAGGAUGGUUCCUUGAUUAUUUCAAACUCUAAGAGUGACUCUCUUUACCCUCAUAUUGAAGGCAGUUCUCGUGUUCGGCAAAUAAGUAGAGACGACUUCGAAUCCAGAUUGCCAACCAAACCAGAAGACGUAUUAAUCGUUGAUAACCGUUUAUUCUUUGUUCCUCGCAACCUUCAUCGCACGAUGUUUCUUAAGUUCGAUUCAAAGCUUAACUAUAUACGGCAUCACGUGGAAUAUUACUUCAGUGAUUGGAAUCUCUCACGUGAUGAACACUUGAAAUCUAUUCUUUCAAGCAAUUUGAACACUUGCCCAAUUUCCGAUCUCCUGCUCUUUAAUCGGCUUCGUUGGGCCUCGACCACAAAGAACGAAUUGCUUGAUGCUGUUUCGGGCAGUAAUGUCGUUACUGUCACAUGCUCGGACGGCUCCCCUUUUGGUAUAACUCGUAUCAUUCCUCCAUCUCCCUCUACCGAUGCAGCGGAUUCCGAUAGUCAUGUUCAUUCAAUUACGCCAGGGAUCCAAUCCGGACAAACCAGUUUCCAGGGUCCUCCACCAGAUGUAGCUUCUUCCUUAUCAUCUUUUUCUCUAGACCCAGCCAUACCUGAGCUGCAAUUUCCUUCUCAUCCUUUAGUCGUUUCUUUUCCAGCUAACCAUACGUAUACACCCACUGAUUCUAUCUCAAGUGCUAUUAUUCUUCCCAACUUUAACGCUGCAACCCCUACACCCUCUCCACACGUUCAUAGCGCCAACCAGACGUCUCACUUUUUACCCUUCCAACCUCCUGGGGCUUACUUGCUAGCAUCACCUCCCAUUAUCGGAAACGCCUCUCCGGCAGCCACUAUUUUCCCUGGCCAACCAUCUCAGACACAUUACUACCAUGCCCUACCUCCUGCGAUUCCUGCCAUUGCCCCCGCCGUUGGCCCCUUUCACUUUUCAUUUCCUCAUAAUGCCUCUCUUCCCCUUAUAAACGCACACUUGGCAGGUAAUUCCCCCCCUGGGUCGGUCGAUGCGGCAUCACUUAUGGCGGCGGUCUAUAGGAUGUCUCUCUCUGGAGGUGCUAUCUCUUCUGCGGCCACAGCGCCUAAUAUUUUCGGUCCGCAUACUCUUUCUGGACAACCUACCCUAUCGAACGCUGCAUCUGUCCCUGCUCACCAGGCUCAGGCACAACCUACUGUUCUACUGCAAUUGAUGCAACCGCCUCACACUGCCUCUAUCUCGAAUUCGGGAGUAGUAAGUCAUCCUGUCUCAGUAGCCAAUUCAAUUUAUCAUCCAUCUGCGCAUAUUGCUUCUGGACAAUAUCCUUUAUCAGUUGGCACAGCCAGUGCCCAAAAUCAGGCUGCAUCUAUCGCUGCGGCCGCUUCUAUCAUAAAUGCUUCACGAGCUUCACAGGUCUCCGGAAGCCCACCAAACGGUGCAUCACAGUCUUCUAAUCAGACUGCAACAUUCUGGCUGCAAGCGGGGAUCCCAUCUGCUGGAAUUCCCGUUAGCACUGGGCUUACCUAUGCUGGUGCUCCUCUUUCUAAUCCCAACAUCAACUUUGCGGCCAAUCCUCACUCUCAGGCUCCUUUUGCUGCUCCUGCCUUCGUUUUUCCUCAUCCUCAUAACCACGUAGCAGCUCAGGGUUUGUUUGGCGCAGCUCAACUUCAAUCAAUUAAUCAACAGGCACAAGGCGUCCAGCAAUAUCGCUACGUCCAAUCCCAUGUAUCGCCUGCUUAUCAUUCUCCUCAAUGCGGUCUUCCUAUUACUACGUCCCAUGUGAGUGCCUCAAGUCACGGCGAUUCCACUUAUCAAGAUUCUGGCCAUUAUAGCACCAUGGUUUCUAAUGGCAACACCAAUGGACUUCACAAUAAAUCCGCAUUGAAAUCACCGCCCUUGGUAUUUGGAGGGGACAGCAAACAAAUUUCCGACGUUGAUUCUCGCAGCCAAACUCCACAACCAGAUUCCACUAACUCAUCAGCUGCUAGCAGUGAAUCCAGGUCAAAAUUAGAUUGA